UCGAAGAAUGAGUUUGAUGACGAUAUGUUUUUGUGGAUCCGAAUAGCAAUUGAUAAAUUUUUAUUUUAUUAUUAAUUAUUAUUGUCGCUGUUAAUUGGUCUGAUUGGUGUGUUAACUUAAAUUUGCUCAUCGAAUUGAGGAACUCUUGAGACUAUUGCUUCACUAUGUCCAAUAUAGGAAGUUCUUCCUGGGAAGAACUAAGAAAACAGGCACGACAACUUGAAAAUGAUAUUGAUGUGAAACUAGUAGCAUUCAGCAAAUUAGGAGUGAGCUCAACAUCAUCUCGACUUAGUUCAGAAAGUGUUCCAUUGAUCAACAGUGACGACAUGUUCGACACCAUAUCCAUGGAGCUCCAACAAAUGCUUACGAAGCUAUCUGCAAUUAAUGACAAAAUGGCAGAUAUAGCUCCAGGAGGGGCAGCUACAAUGCACACAUUGAAGAGACAUAGAGAAAUCCUUAUGGACUAUCAGCAAGAGUUUUCUAAGACUUCUGCUCGAGUAAAUGCAAGAAGAGAACGUGAGGAAUUAUUACGAGGCGGCAGUCCAACUCCCAGUACCUCAAUGGGACUAAGCAGGCGAGAUCAGUAUGCCAAAGAAGCUAAUCAUUUGCAUAGUUCACACAUCCUGGUUGAUGAACAGUUAAACAUAGCAAUGGAAGCUCGGGAGCAUCUCACUUCACAAAGGCAAGUCUUCAAACAGAUGCAGACUAGGUUCAAUGACAUAACAAACAGGUUUCCAAUGUUGAACAGCCUUAUGUUCAGGAUAAAUGCUAAAAAACGAAGAGACUCUCUCAUCAUUGGCGGAGUUGUGGGCAUCUGUACAUUCCUUCUUCUCUUAUAUGCAUUCCAUUAAAAAAAUAUACGGAGUCCUUAAGGAGCUGAUAAACAAAUGCGGAUUCAACAUGGAGAAUAGUUUUGAUUCCCAGUGAAACAAUAAUUAUUUAAUUGUGGUAAUUCUUGUAUUAAUAUUUUCGUGCGGCAUAUUGAUCCCUUGGCGUUACGAAGAGAUGUGGGGUCGCUUUGCAUAUUCUAUUGCAUUUAACAUGGAGAUUGUUCAGAGGGGUUGUCUAAUAAGUGCAUCUGAGUUUCAUUAUUGGACGUCAACGCAGCAUACAAGAUACCAUCCGUAUCACCUCGACGUCCGUCGUUCCACAACGGAGCGUUUCUUAAGUCAUUGUAGCCGCGCACCACUACUAUGUAGAACCAGCUGCCCACUGAAGUAUUUCCGAACCAAUUCGACUUAAGGUCCUUCAAUAAAAGAGCGUACCAAUUCUUCAAAGGCCGGCAGCGCGCUUGCGAGCUUUCUGGCAGUGCCAGUGUGCAUGGGUGGCAGUAUCACUUAACAUCAGAUGAGCCUCCUGCCCGUUUGCCUCCUAUCCUAACAUAAAAAAAAAUAGCUUUGUUAUUUUAAUCCUAGGUUAACAAUUAACCAUGACGCAUACUUUAAAAUACAUGAUAUCGAAAAUAUCCAUGCACUAUAACAUUACA